GGCGGGGGCGCCGCGCCGGGCGGGCGGCGGGGCCAUGCUGGGCAAGGAUUACAUGCUGGCCAUCGUCCUGGUCAACUGCGACGACAACCUCUGGAGCGACCAGAGCCUGGAGACAGACCCUGACCUCCCCCCAGGCUGGAGGAAAAUCUGUGACUCUCUGGGUACCUAUUACUGGCAUGUGCCAACAGGCACAACACAGUGGCAGCACCCUGCACGCAGCACCGGCCCAGGAGGGCACACGGAGGCUGAUGGAGAUGACACUCUCCAUGGAAGGGAAUGCCAGGGCCCUGCAGCGAAGCACUCGGGGAAGGACCGGCCCAUUCCCAGCCCCAUGGCUUCGCUGUCCCGGAGGCACUCCCUGUCCUGGCAUGGAGAUGACUUCCAGCACAGCGCAGAGCCCGGCUCCAAGUGCUUUGCUGUGCGCUCUCUGGGCUGGGUGGAGAUCCCCGAGGAGGACCUGGCACCUGGCAAGAGCAGCAUCGCCGUCAACAACUGCAUCCAGCAGCUCUCCAACAGCAAGGGCCAGGGCUCUGCGGACAACCAGGGCGAGGGCCAGGACCUAGUGAUGAUUCUGAAGAAGGACACCAUGAGCCUGGUGGACCCCCUGGACCGCAGCCUCAUCCACCGCCAGCCCAUCCUCAACAUCCGUGUCUGGGGCGUUGGCUGCGACAACGGCAGGGACAGAGACUUCGCCUUCGUGGCCAGCGACAAGGACACCUGCGUCCUCAAGUGUCACGUCUUCCACUGCAAUGUGCCUGCCAAGGGCAUCGCCAAGGCUCUGCAUGAGAUGUGCUCCAAGAUCGUGGCCGAGCGAGCUGUAGCGAGCAGCAGGCUGCCCCGCGCCGCCACGCUGGAGCCCAUCUCCGCCGAGGACCUGCCGCUGCAAGUGGAUAUCCUAGAAGCGGUGAGGCAGUCGAUGCAGACCUACGAGGCGCUGUACAUCGGCAGCCUGCCCGUGCCCAGGGCCAUGGGGAUGGAUGUGUUGAACGAGGCCAUCGAGAAGCUGACGAGGCGCCCUGGGCGGGAGAACUGGACGCCCUCUCUCAUCUACGUGUCGGACACGGCCAUGAGGGUGCACCCGGCGCAGGUGGGGAGGGGGCAGGGGGCCGCGGCCGGAGCGGGCACGGCGCUGUCCCCGGCAGAGCGGCCCUGGGGGGCGGCGGGGCUGCCCGGGCCAGGGCUGGAUGGGCCCGCGGGGUCCCCGCAGGAGCCCGAGGAGGCGGCGCACAUCUGGGAGUGCCAGGUGCGGUACGUGACCUUCCUGGGGGUGGGCCGGGACGCGCACACCUUCGCGCUCAUCGUGGACACGGGGCGACGCUUCCAGUGCGCGGCCUUCUGGUGCGAGCCCGACGCCGGCACCAUCUCGGAGGCGGUGCAGGCCGCCUGCAUGGUGCAGUACCAGAAGUGCCUCGUGGCCGCCGCGCCGGGGGCGAAGGCGAAGAGCGCAGCCGGGAGGGGCCGGGCCGGGCCGGCGGCCGCGGGGGACGCUGCCCGCGGGGCGGCCAAGGCGGGGGGGGGCGGCGGCGGGGCGGGGGCCGGCACCCGCAAGCGGGGACUCUUCUCCUUCUUGGAGGUGUUCCGCCUCCGCCGGGCCCUCCUGCACAGCCCGUAGCGGGCCGGGCCGGGGCCGGGGCCGGGGCCGGAGCCGCCAGGGAGGAGCUCCCGGCCCC